UGACGACUCUGAUGUAUCACUGCCUUUUAUACUAUUUUCAUACCCUCACCUUCGUCAUGCAAAUACUUUCCUCGCCACAUCCUGCCUCCGGUGAGCUUUGGUCGAGAAGCCAUCUUACUCGCAGAUCGGGACAUGAUCUGAUUGCAAGCCAACAAGAAGCAGACUGUCGGGCAGCCCGAACGAUGACAGAGAUCAAAUCGUCUCUCUGUACUAUCAUCUGUCAAGACGUCCCGUGUCGAUCCAAGUCGGCUGCUCAGCUCUUUGUGUUUUUUCCGGGCCGCAUUCGGAAGAAGAUCCUCGCACACCAAAACACCUGUGCAGACGUCGACUGCUUGUAUACCCAGAUGUUUCGAAGAGUCUACAGACACGAAGUAAUUAGCGCAAAUGGCAGAUCCCGAUUCAAUCAUGGUAGAUGCACAGCCUGCUCCUCAACUUCGACACUACACCAUACCGGAUGCUCUUGAACCUCCAUGCAAGUGGGAUGCCCGCACGAACCUGCCUGUCAUCGAAAGAUGGGCAGAUGUGCGCAAGAAUCUCACUGCGAGAAUACACCCAGAUUAUACUGGCUUCGAUGUGCGAGAGAUCAAUCACGCCGACCCGACAGGAAUGGGCAGGCGCCACAUCCAUGACUGGCCUGCGUCAUUUCCACUGGGACCUCCAAGCGAAGCGCCCGACUAUCAUCCCAUCCUCGAGAAGUAUGGACUGAAGAUCUUGAACAGAGCUGGUUUCAUCAACAAUAAUCUUUGGAAAGAGGACGCUAUCGUAGGACCCAGCGGCGUACUUGCCUUUGCCCCGUUCAGGAACCCAGGUGUUGACGAAGACGAAAUGUUACAUCCUAUACUCAGACGUGACAAGCCGAUGGGCUUUGAUGGAACCUUCAUUACGUCUAGCUACAGCUAUAUUGGACGAUCCAAAGACAUUAGCCUACUUCUACGCGCUUGGCAUGCCCUCCGACUAGAUGAAGUCUUCGGUAGACCCCUACAAUAACGGCAGGAAUUGCAAGGAAAUGGACCCGAUAAGACCGUUGAACCCUCAAGAGCUGGAAGAUACUUUUAAGAAACUCGUUGAUCUUCGCCAAUGGACUGGGUGGAAUCUAUCUGAUGAAAUACGAAUCUCAUCCU